AAGAUGCCUCCUUCCCCGUACAGACCAUGAACUACCAUCCCGCCAGAUCGCAAACUUCUCGUUCUUUAUUUACUGCGACGGCCGACCGCACUCGUGUGCGGCUCUGUUCUCAUUUUUCUCCGUUCGCGUUCGGAUCGCCAUCGUAGGUUACCAGUGUUGUAUCUUCAUCGUUGACUUCUCGACACUAAUCCACACUGAACAUCCAUUAAGAUGCCAGUUUCCGCACACGCCAAAAUCGUUAAGAAAGGCAACUCGGACCCAGACCCGUUUGAGCUGUCCAUCGCUCAAGCACUGCUUGAGUUGGAGAAUAACAGCGAUCUGAAGGCCCAACUCCGAGAACUGUACAUUACCAAAGCUAAGGAAAUAGAGCUAUUCGGCAAAAAGAGUGUCAUUAUCUAUGUGCCAAUGCCUCAAAAAGCUCAAUUCCAAAAAAUUCAAGUUCGUUUGGUCAGGGAGCUAGAAAAAAAAUUUAGUGGCAAACAUGUUGUAUUUAUUGGCGAUCGUAGAAUUUUGCCAAAACCAACUAGGAAGACUCGAACAAAGAGCAAGCAAAAGCGUCCUAGAAGCCGAACAUUAACAUGGGUUUAUGAUGCUAUCCUUGAUGACUUGGUUUUUCCUGCUGAAAUUGUUGGAAAACGUAUUAGAGUUAAAUUAGAUGGAAAACAAAUUAUGAAAGUACAUCUAGAUAAGGCCCAACAAACAAAUAUUGAACAUAAGGUGGACACAUAUGCAUCUGUUUAUAGAAAGUUGACUGGUAGGGACGUGGCUUUUGAAUUUCCUGAACCAUAUUUGUAACUUUUGUUUGUUGAAUAAAAAAAGAAUAUUUUUUA